AAAAAACCUUUUACUGAAGUAAUUAAGGCCAACAUUGGAGAUGCACAUGCAAUGGGACAGAGGCCAAUCACCUUCCUCCGUCAGGUAGUGGCACUGUGUACAUACCCAAACCUGUUGGACAGCCCAAGUUUUCCAGAAGAUGCCAAAAAGCGAGCCAGACGGAUCUUGCAGGGUUGUGGAGGAAACAGCUUAGGAUCUUACAGUGCCAGUCAAGGUAUAAAUUGCAUCCGUGAAGAUGUUGCUUCAUAUAUUGAAAGAAGAGAUGGAGGGGUUCCUGCAGAUCCAGAUAACAUAUAUCUUACCACUGGGGCAAGUGAUGGUAUUGCUACAAUUUUAAAGAUCCUGGUCUCAGGAGGUGGAAAAUCUCGAACAGGAGUGAUGAUCCCUAUACCACAAUAUCCAUUAUAUUCAGCAGCCAUAUCUGAACUAGAUGCUAUCCAGGUGAACUACUACUUGGAUGAAGAAAAUUGCUGGGCUCUAGAUGUGAAUGAACUUCGCCGUUCCUUGAAUGAAGCUAAGGCAUACUGCAAUCCUAAAGUCCUCUGCAUCAUCAACCCUGGAAAUCCUACAGGACAGGUGCAAAACAGAAAGUGCAUUGAAGAUGUGAUACACUUUGCUUGGGAAGAGAAACUUUUUCUUCUGGCUGAUGAGGUUUACCAGGACAAUGUGUACUCUGAAGGAUGCCAGUUUCAUUCUUUCAAAAAGAUUCUGUAUGAGAUGGGACCCGAGUACUAUAACAAUGUUGAGCUGGCCUCUUUUCACUCCACCUCUAAGGGAUACAUGGGCGAAUGUGGCUACAGAGGAGGUUACAUGGAGGUCAUUAACUUGCACCCAGAAAUUAAAGGACAGCUUGUUAAGCUGCUUUCUGUUCGCCUUUGUCCUCCAGUCUCAGGACAAGCAGCAAUGGAUAUUGUAGUGAAUCCUCCAGUACCUGGAGAAGAGUCUUAUUCACAGUUCAUAAAGGAGAAGGAGUCUGUCUUGAACAAUCUUGCCAAAAAAGCCAAACUAACCGAAGACAUGUUUAACAAGGUACCAGGAAUUCACUGCAAUCCACUUCAAGGAGCUAUGUAUGCUUUCCCACGGAUCUUUAUUCCUUCCAAAGCCAUUGAGGAAGCAAAGGCUCAUAAAAUGGCACCUGAUAUGUUCUAUUGCAUGAAACUUCUGGAAGAGACCGGAAUAUGUGUUGUACCUGGAAGUGGAUUCGGCCAAAGAGAAGGAAGCUACCACUUCAGAAUGACCAUUCUUCCUCCAGUAGAGAAGCUGAAGAUCCUACUGGAGAAAGUGAAAGACUUCCACAUAAAGUUUCUUGAAAAAUAUGCAUGAAACUACUGUGGCUUUUUCCCCUCAUCCCCUCCCCUUCAAGGCGAAUGCAGAAAAUGAGCAAAGAUGUGCCAAGAAUGUGCUGGUGGUCUAAUUUAACUAAAUUCAAAAUAGAUAGAACCAAUCUCAGAUACUGCUACAACUUAUUGGACUAUUAAAUUUAAUGUCUGGUAUAGAAGACACUGUUACACCAACUGUUUUUUUAAGGGGAAGGGAAGAAUGUGAAGAAAGUGGUGGAAGAAAGAGUCAGUAAAUGAUUUUGUGCCUUGAUUGGAAGUUACAUUUGUGAACUUUUGACUCAAUAGGUUGGGGAAGGGAGUUGGUCAUUAAAAUUACUACUGUUGCGUGGGUUUUUUUUUUACAAAACAGAAAUGCCAAGAGCAAUUGUUCAGCUAGGAACAUGUUUCCCAUCUUAAAAUUCUACUAAACAAAAAUUCAAAAGCCUACUUUAUAGGUAUUGUUUGGUUUAAUCUUUUUUGUUGCUGUUGUGUUUUUGGUUGCUGAAGUGUUCUCCAAAUCUGAUUCAGCAUGUAGGUACAGCGUGCUUAUUUAAAAAAAAAAUCUUUGGCAGAUGUGUGCAGAUACCUUUGAACUUCUGUUAAAUCCUGCCAUCACAGCAUCAUCUGAGUGGAAUAUACAGUUUUGAUCAGAGGAGUGAACAUGGUGUCUGCCUGAACCCUACUUUUAUGAAACUGAAACAUAAUGAGGA